GGCUGCUCGGAGCGGCGAGGGGCUUGGCGGGAGCUUCCAGUCGCUCGGGAGCGGAGGGCGGCAUCAUGGCUCCGCGGGGGAGGCAUCGGCGGUCGCGGCCUCACAGGCCUGAGGGUGCAAGACGUUCGAAGAACACUUUAGAAAGAACACAUUCCGUGAAAGAUAAAGCUGGUCAAAAGUGCAAGCCUAUUGACGUGUUCGACUUUCCUGAUAAUUCUGAUGUCUCAAGCAUUGGCAGGCUGGGUGAAAAUGAGAAAGAUGAAGAACCUGAUGAGACCUUUGAUCCUCCUUUACAUAGCACAGCUAUAUAUGCUGAUGAAGAAGAAUUCUCCAAACUUUGUGGACUAUCUAUCCCUUCAACUCCUCCAGGAAAAGAAGCAAAAAUAAGUUCAGACACUUCUGGAAAUGAAGCAAGUGCAAUCGAAUCUGUAAAAAUUAGUGCAAAAAAGCCAGGAAGAAAGCUCAAGCCCAUUAGUGAUGACUCUGAAAGCACUGAAGGAAGUGAUACAAGAAGAAAAGUUAAAUCAGCAGAGAAAACAAAUACACAGCGUCAUGAGGUUAUUCCAACUACAGCAUCUUCAGUACUUUCAGAGAAACCAGCUGAGUCGGUCACUUCUAAAAAGACAGGACCCCUUAGUGCCCAGCCCUCUGUUGAAAAAGAGAACUUGGCACUAGCAAGUCAAUCGAAAACUCAGAAAAAAGGGAAGAUGUCUCGUGGCAAAAAGAAGAAAUCAAGAAGUAAAGCCGUAGGCUCAGAUACUUCUGACACUGUGGACGUUUGGUGUCUAGAAGGAAUGAAAACCAGUGACAUCAAAGAGUUGAAUAUUGUUUUGCCUGAAUUUGAGAAAACCCACCUAGAGCAUAAAGAAAGAACAGAAUCUAAAGUUUGUAGGGCAGCCAUCGACACAUUAUACGUUAAUGUUAAAGAACAAGUCAUCAAACUGCUUAAAGAAAGCCAGAUGUUGAAAAAUCUGAAAAGGAAGAAUGCUAAGAUGAUUUCAGAUAUCGAAAAGAAAAGGCAGCGUAUGAUUGAAGUCCAGGAUGAACUGCUUCGGUUAGAGCCACAGCUGAAACAACUACAAACAAAAUAUGAUGAACUUAAAGAGAGAAAGUCUUCCCUUAGGAAUGCAGCAUAUUUCUUAUCUAAUUUAAAACAGCUUUAUCAGGAUUAUUCGGAUGUUCAAGCAAAAGAACCAAACAUAAAGGAAACGUAUGAUUCAUCCAGCCUUCCAGCCCUGUUAUUUAAAGCAAGAACACUUUUGGGAGCCGAAAGCCAUCUGCGAAAUAUCAACCAUCAGUUAGAGAAGCUCCUUGACCAGGAAUGAGAAGAGCAAUCUACUAAAAUGUGCCCAUAGGAAGACUAGUCUCAUGCUGUUACCGUCUGAAACUGUACUUUUAUAAAUAAAUUGUUUUGCAAAGAAGUUAUGGCCUACUUGCCAGAAUCUAAAAUUUGUUAUUCAAAUUAAAUGGCUGUGAACAAUGUUAAAUAGCAUUAGUUUGUCCAAUAGUUUUAGAGGCCAUAAUCAUCUUUUCUGGUUAAUAUCUUGAGUAAUUUAAAAAUGUUGACACUUUAAUCAGCCCCAGAUAUGAGCUGUAAUAAACCUGUAAAAUUAAGUUGAUGUGAAUGUAAUUUUGAUUAGUUAAGGCGAUUUCUAUUGAAUUUAAGUACAUCAAAGGUAAUUUUUAAUAAAAUUGGUUCAUAGAAGUAAAAAACAAAAAUUGGAAAGCAAAGUGAUAAAACUUAUCAGGUUGAAUGAUAUAUUUAUCAAAUCUCACAGAUAUCAGGCAAAUUAUAGCCUGGUGACAAAAGUGUCCAUAGUGAACUAGCUACUCUUGUAAUACUUCUAUAAUUAGCUCAUCAGGAAUUUCAUCUGCUUCAUUGUUAUAACUGAGAAGACUGUUCUCUGCAGCUUCAGCUAAUUCAGCAUCUUCAGUAGCUUCUAAAAAAUAAGCAUCAUCAAUGUCAUUAUCCCAGACAGCAUCAGCAGAUGCACCUGUUGACAGCUUGCUAAGUGAUGGUUUAUGAGGAUUCUGGGUUUCAUUGCUCCUAGUUUCAUCUGCUUCAUCUGUUGUCAACUCUUCUUCCUUUAUUUCAGUGGGGAAGGGUGAGAGAGUGGGACAGGAAAAUAUUUACUCAGGAUAUGUGAUUUAACCAUAUACUCUAUGUUGAAGUAAGGUAUUAAGUGACAGAUACUAAAGUGAAUAUGCUGAAGGAAUGCUGUCUCCGAUAUCGCACGGUGGGAAUGAGUGCACUGAUGCAAACAUUGCUGCACCGAAGCUCAGACACACUUGAAACUCCAAAUUUGAAAUUACCUGCAGUGCUGUGACACAUACUUUUCAAUAUUCCCCAAUGGAGGAAGAGCAAGAGUAGAUUUAAUUUUUUAACAAGUGGACAGUCCAGCUGAAGACAAAUCAAGAUAAAUUUGCUACCUUUACAAUGGACUUACUACCCAUGCUCUAAAUUUUAAAGUAUUUAGAAAAUUAUAAACAUGGAUUGAAAAAAGAUUAAAAACAGUUGCCAAAAUA